GACAACCCUCUUUUUAUUACCACUAACGUAACCUCACCAUGUUCGUCGACAUCGUCCCAACAGAGUCUUCCGGUUUGAAAAUUAUGCAAUGUCACUGCACAAGGCCUCCUUAGAAGCACUAUUUGCUUUCGACGCAACCUCACAUGUUCCUGCAGAGUUCACCUUUGGAGUUGAGAUAGAGAUAUGGUCUCCAUAUCCGCGGGAUGAACUUGCCGAAAAGCUGCAAGAGCGAUUUGAUAUUGAUGCAAGAGUAGUAUGGUUUACUCAUCAAUGCACACCAUACUGGAAAGUGUUACGGGACAGCACUCUGGUGGACUCGCCUAAGGGCCAAUAUGGCAUGGAACUGGUAUCGCCUAUUUUGCAUGGCGGGACGGGGAUUCAAGAAAUCAAAGGAAUCGUACAUGCUUUACGGGCCUUGAAUGUCAGGUGUGACGCUUCUACCGGCCUUCAUGUGCACGUCGGUCGCCAUAAUAUGGAAUGGACCUUGACCGAAUUGCAAAAUAUUUGCACGCAGUUCAUUCGGAACGAGACUUUUUUUGAUGCGAUGGUACCUGUAGAGAGACGAGGUGAUACUAACAGCCAAUUACGAUCAAACGCAAAUCUGUUUAUCGGUUGUCCUGGACCGCACAUACAUGCGACAGCUGAUGUAGACGCACUUAUAAAGUGUGUGAAUAGCAACGGGUACGAUGGGUCCACGCGGUAUUUCAAGUUGAAUGUUGAAUCAUUGCGAACCUUCCGAACGAUAGAGUUUAGGCAGCAGGUGGCGACUGUCGAUUGGCAAAAGGCCGUGGCAUGGGUGGCCGGUAUUUUGGCAUUUUGCAAACGAGCUUGCUUGGAAAACGACACCGAUGUGGGUAGAUGAUCUCGCAUGAAACAUUUCUGCGGAGCAUGGCCUAUCCACAGUUUUUUGACCGUAAUGGCAACCGAGUGGUGCUCCACCGAAACGUUAGUACCGAGCUUCCUCAUUAACAAAUGUAAUUUACCGGAUACGGACCCUGCCGAGUUGAGGAUGUGCUGGGUAGAUUCACAGCAACGACAUUGAUGCUGUGCAAACUGGCCAGACCAAGAAGUAGUUGAUAACCAAUAUAACUAAAGAGAAAGGUUUCCAUCACUUUUCGAUAGGUUAGGAGGUGUGACCCUAGUCAUGAUUUCUCAUUGGCAAAAGAUGGGUUACACAACAUCGUGAUAUUCUGAUACAAUUAGAUACAGUAUAUAAACAACUAUCUGGUUUCAAUCUCGGCUAAAGUGCGUUGAAAUAAAGCCCAUUCAUCGCUCCGGGGUUGGGACAUCUGGUGAAGAAAAU